AUGGCUCUCGCGAACGCCCUCACAUUCCUGAGCUUCGUAAUAUAUCUAAGCUAUGCCGCCCCGCCACCGAGUACACCAGUAAAUCCAGCAGCACCAGCAGCGUCAUCAUAUACUUAUAAACUGAAGUGCGUUCAGAUUCCUGCAGAAUUUGAUUAUGUCCUAUGGGUACUUGCCAACCUACCCGACUGUCAAAAUGCCAUAGCUACCUUUGCCGGAUUUGCACUCGACGACUACACUGCCAUCAAGAAAGGUCAACCCAUGACUGACUCAACUAUUAUUGCACCAACCUAUUUCGUCAUCGACGAGUGCGCGUUUACCUUCUAUCUGGAAGGAGACAAUACGAGCGCUGAUUUCAGCAAAGGCACAGCAACACAAUCAGCUUAUGGCAUAUUACAAGAUUGCGGCUUCUAUGGCGAGAUUGAUAUCACUGAUCAGCUUAAAGUACAAGUGAUGGAUGCGGUGCAGGCGCUGAGUGAAGCAAGCCAAAAUGGAAAUCCGGUCUAUCCACCGCAACUGGACCCUCGGCUUCUGCAGUUCGGGGGCGUUGCACCGCCAGGCUAUUACGGUGGUGCUACCAUGCCGGGUUUUGUGCCAAACAUCUCGGUGACAAAGCCACCUGCGAACUCGACCGGAACUCUGCGUGCGAGUUAUGCAUCGCCCAGUUACGCAAGCGCGCGUCGGCGGUGGGCAUAG